AUGGUGCUCUUGACUGCCAAAAUCAUGGAGAGGACUGCGCUCUUUGUGAUAUUCGGGGGUCUGGUCACUACUCUGGUCACCACCUUCAUUCCCCUGUGGAAGACCUUGAACUCAGAGCUGAACGAAGUGGAGAACUGGUACUCAGGCCUGUGGCACAUCUGCAUCUUUGCCGAGGAGGUUGGGAUGCAAUGUAAAGCCUUUGAAUCCCUCAUGGCCCUGCCCAUGGACUUGCUGGCUUCACGGGUGCUCAUGCUGGUGUCUGUGGGUACUGGGGCCCUAGCCGUGGUGGUGGCCUUGCCAGGCCUGGAGGGGGUGGAACUGGGCUCUGGGAGGCAGCAAGGGUUAAAGAGGGGCCUCCUCAUUGUCAGCGGGGUGCUGUCCUGGGUGUCGGGGCUCACAACACUGGCCCCCGUCUCCCUGGUGGCCUACGUGACCCUGGUGGAGUUCUGGGACGAGAACCUGCCUGACGUCGUUCCACGCUGGGAGUAUGGCGAGGCCAUGUUCUCCGGCUGGUUUGCGGGUCUCUUCCUGGUCAUUGGAGGCUCUCUUUUCUUUGUGGCUGUGUGCAUGGCGGAUCACGACGGGCAGCAGCGAGUGGCCAGCCUCCCAAACACCCCCCAGGAGAAGCCAAGGAGUCAGUACUACUUAAAGACAGAGGUUUUAUAG